AGAAUCGGAACAGCUAGAAGGCGCUUGGAUAUACAGACCACAAAAGUCGGGAUUUAUUCCAGCAGUGUGUAUUUCUAAAAAGGAAGUGCUUUCAAAGCCCUUGGCUUAACGUCACCGGAAGGAAGUCUUUUUACAACUUCGUGUUUUUGUUGAACUGUCCCCCGAACCAUGGAAGGAAUCUGGAAUCGCCUCCCCUUGGCACCCACCCGCAGAGUGACCUUGACACUUGUGGCGACACUGGCCGCCAUGACCUUGAACUGUCUGACCCCGGCGUGCUGGGCGCGGGGUAGUGUCUCGGCCACCGCCAGCACCUCUCUCUGCUCCUACACGGUGGUUGUGGACGAGUUCGACGUGUCCAAAUGUCCGGCCAUGAACGACCACGCGCAGGCCGACGGCUCCGGGCCCGGCUAUCUCGUGGACACAGACGAAAGGUCAACGAGAAUCACGCCACACGCCAGACGACACGGCGGCACGGACAAAACCUUUACGUCUACCGGGGGUUCUCGGACAUUGAAGAACAAACACAGACACCACAACGGACGAUCGUCGUCAUCAGGCCGGACUAACCGCGGGGACCGGCGGGACUCGCUCGACGGGGAAGACUUAGACGACAUUGGCGACAUGGGCGAGGAGAACGUGGGCUUCAACUCGCAGCUCAAAGACAUCGAGUCCAAGCUCAUCGACGAGAUGGUGCGGAGCCGGGAGCUCAACUCGACGCUGUCGCGACACGAGAACCUGCUGUCCACGGCCCAGCAGACCCUGCAGGCGUACCGCGCCAACUUCUCGAGCGUGUUCCGGACGAUGAUGUUGAUGGAGAGGAAGCUACAACAACAACGCCGCAUCAACCGCUCGCUCAACAAGAAGCUGGCCAACGUGAUCCUGGACGUGGUGGAGAUCAACAACGUCAUGACGCACAAACUACCCACGGGGGACGCCGCCAGGGGGCGCAAAGUCUUCGAAGUGGAGAGUACCAGUAGCCUGAGGUCGUGUCCAGGUGUCACAGACAAGACCAAACACUACAAAG